GGCCCGGACUCCGCCCGACUCCGCGGGCUCCGCGGGCGCGGGCUCGGCCCGGCCGGGCAGGGCCAUGCAGGCGCGCUACUCCGUGUCCAGCCCCAACUCCCUGGGAGUGGUGUCCUACCUCGGCGGCGAGCAGAGCUACUACCGCGCGGCGGCGGCCGGGGGCGGCUACCCCGCCAUGCCCGCGCCCAUGAGCGUGUACUCGCACCCGGCGCACGCCGAGCAGUACCCGGCCGGCAUGGCGCGCGCCUACGGGCCCUACGCGCCGCAGCCGCAGCCCAAGGACAUGGUGAAGCCGCCCUACAGCUACAUCGCGCUCAUCACCAUGGCCAUCCAGAACGCGCCCGACAAGAAGAUCACGCUGAACGGCAUCUACCAGUUCAUCAUGGACCGCUUCCCCUUCUACCGGGACAACAAGCAGGGCUGGCAGAACUCCAUCCGCCACAACCUCUCGCUGAACGAGUGCUUCGUCAAGGUGCCACGCGACGACAAGAAGCCGGGCAAGGGUAGCUACUGGACGCUGGACCCCGACUCCUACAACAUGUUCGAGAACGGCAGCUUCCUUCGGCGGCGGCGGCGCUUCAAGAAGAAGGACGCGGUGAAGGACAAGGAGGAGAAGGACCGGUUGCACCUCAAGGAGCCGCCGCCGCCCGGCCGCCCGGCGGCGCCCGCGCCCCCCGAGCCGGCAGACGGCGCCGCGCCCGGCCCGCAGCCGCCGCCCGUGCGCAUCCAGGACAUCAAGACGGAGAACGGUACGUGCCCCUCGCCGCCCCGGCCCCUGUCCCCGGCCGCCGCAGCCGCCGCCGUGCCCAAGAUCGAGAGCCCCGACAGCAGCAGCAGCAGCCUGUCGAGCGGGGCCAGCCCCCCGGGCAGCCUGCCGGCCGCGCGCCCGCUGAGCCUGGACGGGGCGGACCCUGCGCCCGCUCCCGCGCCGCAUGCUGGGCCUGGCUUCAGCGUGGACAACAUCAUGACGUCGCUACGGGGGUCGCCGCAGGGUGCGGCCGCGGAGCUGGGCUCGGCCCUCCUGGCGCCGGCGACCGCGUCGUCGCGCGCGGGCCUCGCGCCCCCGCUGGCGCUGGGCGCCUACUCGCCGGGCCAGAGCGCGCUCUACAGCUCCCCCUGCAGCCAGAGCCCGGGCGCGGGCGGCGCGGGCGGCGCCGGCGGGGCGGCGGGCGGCGCGGGCGCGGGGACCUACCACUGCAACCUGCAGGCCAUGAGCCUGUAUGCGGCCGGCGAGCGCGGCGGCCACCUGCAGGGCGCGCCGGGCGCGGCGGGUGGCUCGGCCGUGGACGACGCGCUGCCCGACUACGCGCUGCCUCCGGCCACCAGCAGCGGCAGCAGCUCGUCGUCCCUGAGCCACGGCACGGGCGGCCAGGACGCCGGCCACCACGCCGCGGCCCACCAAGGCCGGCUGGCCUCGUGGUACCUGAACCAGGCGGGCGGAGACCUGGGUCAUCUGGCGAGCGCGGCGGCGGCUGCCGCGGGCUACCCGGGCCAGCAGCAGAACUUCCACUCGGUGCGCGAGAUGUUCGAGUCGCAGCGCCUCGGCCUGAACAACUCGCCGGUGAACGGGAACAGCAGCUGUCAGAUGGCCUUCCCUGCCAGCCAGUCUCUGUACCGCCCGUCCGGGGCCUUCGUCUAUGACUGCAGCAAGUUCUGACCCGCGCGGGUCCGGCACCCCGCGAGCGAGCCGAGCAGACGGAGAGGACCAUCUGCAAAAUCGAAACUAAAAACACCGACUUAGAAGCCUUGAGAAACGCUCACCGCACCAGCCAACGGGAGUCGCUCCCAAGUUCAACGCACCAGCAGCCGCGCCGAGAAAACUGUAUCUUCUUAAAAGAUUGAUUCCGAGCCACCUCCACGUGCCUUAUCGAAAUAAAGCCGUGAACUGCUCAGUACGAGGCCGGGCCGAACAGGCACGGCUGGCUAAGGACUGUGUUACCGCAGAUAGCACGUAAGUUUCUUCUUGCUUCUCAGAGACUGGCUUUCCCGCUCCCCUCCCGCCCUUCCCUGCCUUCUUCCUCGCCUGUAAGAUAGUUUUUUGUCCUAUGCUGAAAGGAGGGGGAGUCUCCGUAUAUGAAAAUCACUCUCUUUUUAUUCAUGGACUUGUUUUAAAAUGUAAAUUGCAACAUAGUAAUUUAUUUUUAAUUUGUAGUUGGAUGUCGUGGACCAAACGCCAGAACGUGUUUCCAAAACCUGACGUUAAAUUACCCGAAACUUUAAGUUGUGCUUCUUUUCCUCAUUAUAAAAAGGGAAACUGUAUUAAUCUUAUUCUAUCGUCUUUUCUUUGUGUUGAACGUAUUCACUGUUUGUUCAUUAAUAAAUUGCCAUUCAAUUUGAACGAGA